AACCAAACCUCUCUUAGCGAACUCCCAACACAAUCGAAUCUUGACCGUUCAUUCGCUCCCUUAAAAUUCCCAAUCCAACUUCAAGCUUCUCCUCUUUCCUUCCCUCGCCGUCUCGAGUCUCUUCUCUGUAUUUUUCUUUCUUCAAGAUCCGCUUGGUUUGUUGAGAGAAAAUGUUUGGGAGAGCGCCGAAGAAAAGCGAUAACACGAAGUACUAUGAGAUUCUUGGAGUGUCGAAGAACGCUUCACAAGAUGAUUUAAAGAAGGCAUAUAGGAAAGCAGCUAUCAAGAACCAUCCGGAUAAGGGUGGCGAUCCUGAGAAGUUUAAAGAAUUGGCACAAGCUUAUGAGGUUCUGAGUGACCCAGAGAAGCGUGAGAUAUAUGAUCAAUAUGGCGAGGAUGCCCUUAAGGAGGGAAUGGGUGGAGGUGGUGGUGGCCAUGACCCAUUUGACAUAUUCCAGUCAUUCUUUGGUGGCAGCCCAUUUGGUGGUGGCGGAAGCAGCAGAGGCCGAAGGCAGAGGAGGGGAGAGGAUGUAAUCCAUCCCCUCAAAGUUUCUUUGGAGGACCUUUACAAUGGGACAUCUAAGAAGCUUUCCCUCUCACGCAAUGUAAUCUGUGCUAAGUGUAAAGGUAAAGGAUCUAAAUCCGGUGCAUCAAUGAGGUGUUCUGGCUGCCAAGGUUCUGGGAUGAAAGUCUCAAUAAGGCACCUUGGCCCAUCUAUGAUACAGCAAAUGCAGCAUCCUUGCAAUGAGUGCAAGGGUACUGGAGAAACUAUCAGUGAUAAGGAUCGCUGCUCAGCAUGUAAGGGUGAGAAGGUUGUGCAAGAGAAGAAGGUGUUGGAAGUGGUAGUUGAGAAGGGUAUGCAAAAUGGACAGAAAAUUACAUUCCCUGGCGAAGCUGAUGAAGCUCCUGAUACUGUCACGGGAGACAUUGUUUUUAUUCUUCAACAAAAAGAGCACCCUAAGUUCAAGAGAAAGGGCGAUGACCUGGUUGUUGAACACACCCUCUCACUAACUGAGGCUCUCUGUGGCUUCCAAUUCAUUUUAACUCAUUUGGAUGGGAGGCAGCUUCUUAUUAAAUCUAACCCUGGGGAAGUGAUAAAGCCUGACCAAUUCAAGGGCAUAAAUGAUGAAGGAAUGCCUAUGUAUCAAAGGCCAUUCAUGAGGGGUAAGUUGUACAUUAAUUUCACAGUUGACUUCCCUGACUCUCUCUCCCCAGACCAAUGCAAGGCAUUGGAGGCUGUGCUACCCCCAAGGUCAUCAGUGCAGCUGACUGAUAUGGAGCUAGAUGAGUGUGAAGAAACCACUCUCCAUGAUGUGAAUAUGGAGGAAGAGAUGCGAAGGAAGCAGCAAGCCAGCCAAGAGGCUUAUGAUGAAGAUGAGGAUAUGCCUGGUGGUGCCCAGAGGGUGCAAUGUGCUCAACAGUGAAGACCAUAUCUCUCCGGGAUUGGUGGCGGUGAUUGAUUGAUUCUAAUUAAUUGGGGAAGAGGAACGGAGAGGAAGAAGAUGACGUUUGUGAGAAUAAGAUUCUCAACCACAUUACUUAUCGAUGUUAUAGGAUUUAGAGGUGUUAGUUUUGGCUUGUGAUUUUCCUAUUUAUGGAUGUAUGAAACUGGGAGCAUUCUACUUCAUCGUUAAAAUAUUUUCUGUUUUUAUUGGUGUAACUUAUUUUUUAUAUUUGGAUAAAUUAAAAUUUUUUUUUAAA